CCCCCCCACUCCCAGUGCUCCCAGUCCCGCAGGGCCUUUCCCAGUGCCACCAGUGCCCGCUGAACUGGUGCCGAGGUGUGCGGGGAACGCCCCCUCCCCAGAAUUCGGAGGGACCCCACAAUUGGCAUGGAGACGCCCCCCCCGGUCACUCCCGCUCCCCCCCGGGACGCGGCUCUGGCUGUGGCUGAAGUCUCGGUGCUCUCCCUCCUCUUCCUCCUGGCUGUCACCAGCAACCUCCUGGUGCUGUUCGCGCUCCGCCCCGCUCCCCGCGCCCCCCGCGCCCCCGGGCAGCCCCCGGCCCGCCCGGCGCGGCCGCUCCGCCGCUACCUGCGGCACCUGAGUCUGGCGGACCUGGCGGCGGCGGCGGGGCUGGUGCUGCCGCAGCUGCUGUGGGACCUCACGGACCGGUUCCGCGGCCCGGACCCGCUCUGCCGCCUCACCAAGUACCUGCAGGGCGUCGCCAUGUUCGCCUCGGCAUACGUGGCCGUGGCCAUGGCGUGGGACCGGCACCGGGCCAUCUGCCGGCCCUUGGGGACAGCGCGGGGGACAGCGAGGGACAGAGAGGGGAGCGGGUGGAGGGGCACCAGAGAUGGGGACGCACGGGGACAGGAAGGUGGGGACACUGGGGACAGUGGGAGUGGCACAGGGGGACAUUCAGGGUGCUGGGGAUGGGGACACAGGGACACUGGUGACACCAGGGGUGGGACACAGGGAGCCAAGGGGUGCUGGGGGUGGGGACACAGGGACAGCGGCAGGGACACGGGGGCACAGGGACGCAGGGACACCUGGGAUGGCACCUGGGAACCGGCCGGUGGCUGGGGACACGGGGACAGCGCUGGGGACAGCACUGGGGACAGCAGGGACAGUGGGGACAGCAGGGACGGCACCACUGCUAUGUCCCGCCUGUGCCCCCCAGGGCCCUGUGCCACCCCAGUGUCCCCAACCCUCCAUGUCACUCCAAUGUCCCCAACCAUCCACAUCACCCCGGUGCCACCAAGUCCCAAUGGCACUCCAGUGUCCCUCCGUGUGUCCCCAAUGCCACCAAGUCCCAAUGGCAGCCCAAUGUCCUUCCAUGUCACCCCAAUGUCCCACUGUGUCACCCCAGUGUCUCCAAGCCCCAAUGGCACCCCAAUGUCCCACCGUGUGUCCCCAGUGUCCCUCCAUGCCACCCCAAUGUCCCACUGUGUCACCCCAAUGUCCCUAAGCCCCAAAGACACCCCAAAGUUCUUCCAUGUCACCCCAGUGCCACCAAGUCCCAAUGGCAGCCCGAUGUCCCACCAUGUCACCCCAAUGUACCUCUGUGUCACCCCAGUGCCGCCAAGUCCCAAUGACAGUCCAAUGUCCCUCCGUGUGUCCCCAAUGUCCCCAUCACCCCCCUUGUCACCCCAGAUGCCCACCAGGUGCCUGUCACAGGCCACCCUGGGGGGUUCCUGGGCCACCACGGGGAUGUCCGGGGCCACCAUGGGGGGGUCCUGGGCUGCCAUGGGGGUCUCUGGGACCACCAUGAAGAGGAACCAGGCCAGCACGGGGGUCCCUCAACCCACUCCAGAUGGGGACUCUGGGGCCACCACAGCAGAGUCCGGGGCCACCCCAGCUGGAUCUGAGGCCACCACGACAGGGCCUGGGGCCACCAUGCAGGACUACAGGACCACCACAGAGGGGACUGGGACCACCAUGAAGAGGAACCGGGCCAGCACGGGGGUGCCUCAAUCCACCCCUGCUGGGGACUCUGGGGCCACCACGGAGGGGUCCGGGGCCACUACAGCUGGAUCUGGAGCCACCAUAGGGGACUCUGGGACCACCACAGAGGGGACCAAGACCACCAUGAAGAGGAACCGGGCCACUACGGGGGUCCCUCAACCCACUCCAGAUGGGGACUCUGGGGCCACCACGGCUGGAUCCGGUGCCACCAGGCGGUGGUGGCGGGUGGCAGCGGGCCAGGCUCGCUCGGUUCUGUCCCGGUUCCGCUCGGUUCUGUCCCGGUUCCGCCGCCGCUGGGACGCUCUGGCCACGGCCUGGGCCCUAGCUCUGCUCUUCGGGCUGCCCCAGGUCGGCAUCUUCGGGCAGCGCGAGGUGGGCCCGGGCGAGAGCGACUGCUGGGCGGCGUUCGCGCAGCCCUGGGGAGCCCGCGCCUAUGUCACCUGGGUGGCGCUGGCCGUGCUGGUGGCACCGGCCGUGCUGCUCGGGGUCCUGCUGGUGGCCGUGGCUCGGGCGCUCCGAGGAUCCCCCGGCGGUCCUGGCGGGCUCGGCCGGGCCCGCGCCAAGAGCCACCGCAUGGCCGUGGUGGUGCUGGGAGUGUUCGUGCUCUGCUGGACGCCCUUCUUCUGCGCCCAGCUCUGGGCUGUGUGGGACCCCCGGGCACCCACGGAAGGGCCCGCGUUCACCAUCCUGAUGCUCCUGGCCAGCCUGACCAGCUGCACCAACCCCUGGAUCUCGGCCGCCUUCAGCACCAGCCUGGCCCGGGCCAUGGGCAGGCUCCUGUGUCCCUGCCGCCAUCGUGGGGACACCGGGGUGACAUCGGUGACACCGGGUGAUGCAGGGUGACACAGGGCUAUGGCCCGCCUGCUGUGUCCCUGCUGCCACCACGGGGACACCAGGUGACAUCGGUGACACCGAGUGACACUGGGUCACACAGGGCCAUGGCCCGAGUGCUAUGUCCCUGCUGUCACCGCCGCAGUGACACCGGGUGAUGCUGGGUCACAUGGGGUGACACGAGGUGACACAGGGUGACACAGGGUAACAGGGCCCUGGCUCAUCGCCUGUGUCCCUGCUGCUGCUGCUGCUCAGGUCACAUGGGGUAACAGGAGUGACACAGUGUGACAUGAGGUGACACAAAGGCCUGAACGAGGAUGGGGCUCACACUGGUGACUUGUGUGACACGAGGACACGCAAGGGACACACAGGGGGACAUGGGGACACACGGGGGGGUCUUGUGUCA